UGCUGUCGCUCCCGUAGGUGGCAGGAACGCUGGGUAGGAGGGAAGCCUUGGCAGCUUUCUCCCUACAGGCCGCUUCCUCCCCCUUUUGCCCGCCUGUCCAGGCAUGGAUGCCAUCCGCUGGAAGCCUCUGUGUGCUGUUUGAUUGUGUGAGGGUGUUAGCUGUGCUAAUGUACUAUCACAGGUCUCCAGAAGCCAGAGGUUUGCUGUUUCCACAAAGAUUCUCCCCACUUUGGUUUGUGGAAGCCGGCGUUCGCUUCAGUCUCCGCCAUUGGCCUCACUGAGAAACGGAGUCGACAGCGAGUCUCUCUGUUGCGCCUAUUCUUGGUGGUAUGUCCUCAUGGUCUGUUGUGUUUGGAUACCCUGACAACUAGAAGCUGUGAGACCCCCAGUGACAUGAUGCCCAAGAGGGAUCAUGAGAAGGACCUGGAGCUGGACAAAAAGAUUGAGGCUCUCCGCAGGAAGAAUGAAGCUCUCAUGAAGAGGUACAAGGAGGUGGAGGAGGACAGGAGAAGGGCAGAAGAGGAAGGAAUGGCACUGCAGAGCCGGAAGGGCAAAGCUGAAGAUCUUACCAUCACAAUCAGCAAGUCCACUAGUGAUAGUCGUGUGGUGGUGACAAAGCCAUUCAGUGCCGGUUCACCAGCUGGGAAGGGACAGCAGGAGACUGGACCUGACAGGGGGGGAGAAGGUCCUCCACAGGCUGCCGGACGGGGACACAGGAAGCAGCUAACAGUCACCAUGGCUGGAAAGAAGGGUAAACGGGUGGUGAGUGAGAAGCCUGAGAAGAGGCCGGGACCUGUGGACCUCAAGAGCCCUGCUGAUGACGGACAGGCGAGGCGUGUGGAGUCAGCGGGGAGGGGGAAGCAGCCAUCUCACAUGACCAAGAGAGACACAGCACCUCAGGAUGAGGUUAUAAAGGGGCAGAAGCACACUGAGGAGCAUCACAGGGUGUCAGAGCAAUGCCAGGAGAUUGAGAACCUGCAGGCCAGCACAGACCUGAACAUCCCCACAUCGAGAGAGGAGCAGGAGGAAUAUUUAAGGUGGAAGAAGGAGCGUGAGCAGAUUGACAGGGAGAGGGUGGCGCGCCAUAAAAAUGCCAAGGGCCAGUGGAGACGAGCAUGGGACAUGGACAAAACUGAAAACAUGUUUUCAGACAAAUCCCUUUCUGAUAGAGACUGGGGGCCUUCCAGCAGAGGGGGAAGAAAUGCUAGAAGAGGACCCAGGGCAGGCAGUGAUUCAAAAGGUCAUGACAAGCGAGGUAAAGACAAGGGAGCCAAAAAGGUGCAAGUGAUGAGCAGUAAAGCAAAAGGCAAAGAUCGCCUGACCGGGCGGGCCAGAAGAUGGCAGGCAAAUGAUGAAGGAGAUAACCUACAGAUGCCUGACACAACACUGGAGGAAUUCCUUGAGGAACUUGAUGCCCUCACAGAUGCUGAUGCAGAUGAUCUGAAAGAUCAGGACACAAAAACAAAGCUGUCACCGAGCCCAGAUUCACUGAGUACACCUGAGGAAGCGAGUGAGUCAGCAGCCACGGUGUCGGCUGCUAUCCUAAGGGAGGACACCCUGACUCAGGGGAAGGCAGAGGCCUCGUCCCCUCGGGGGUUGGAGAAGAAAGUACGCUUCUCAGAGGAACUCAUCCAAGGGGCUCAUGCAAGGCAAACCACAGGCUCUCAAGACUCGGAAUCCAGAAGUCCCAGCUCUUUGAAAGCUUCCUCCCCUAAAAAGAACAAGCAUGAAGUGCAGAGGCCACAGCAGCCUCUUGAAAGUUCCAAGCAGGGCGACGAGAGUCUUCAGGAUAAAGGAGGUGGUUCAGCUGCACCUUCUGUUGCACAGCAGCAGGUAUCUGAAACUGAAUGCACUAAAAAGGACAGCAGCUCCCCUGCAGCUCCCAGCUCCCCCCCUGCUGAAAAAGCCUGCACCCCUCUACAUGAGGUCCAGCCUGUAGAGCUUACCAAGUGUAACAUUAGUAACACAAACACAGAAGAACUGAUAGACUCUGGUCUGUCUGUUUUGAGCCUAGAGUCUGGAGAAACACACCCAACACACUCCACCAGCAGUGACAAGGCACGAGAGCAUGGGAAAAUUGUUUGAUUGACAUUUUCGGGAUAUAAACACUGAAACCAAAACACAGCAUUAUUUUUGCUUCAAGUAGCUCAUUUGCAAUACUCUGUUUAUAGCAUACAGGCAAAACCGUUGUUUCAUUUUGCUGUGGAAGCUGAAUUUUUGUCUAAAAGGUUCACAUAUGAAUAGUGAGACGUGUUUCCCCGCUCAAUUAUUUUUUACAUCCAAGCACUUUAUGAGUAUAAAAAUAUGUGUACUGACACCGUCUUCUGUAUGGAAGUACGCUGCUUGAGUGCAAUAUCAUUGAAUGUUUACACGUUUGUAUGAAAACGUUAGGGUACAUAUCAGGAGGCUAGCUAAUCGGUUUCACUUAGAUAGCCCUUGACAUUAAACCAAGCCACAGUCAAAUUACUUAGUGCCUGAUUCUGCCUUAGAGGUAUCUUUUUUAAUUUAUUUAGUUCAUUUAGCAGGGACAAUGCACAAUAAAUAUAUUGCUUGGAUAUCGCUAAAAGCUCAUUUUCACCUGUAGUCCCUGAAUAACUUUUCAGUUACUGAAUAAAGAUUGUAUUGUAUGAUGACACAUAGGUACAGACCUCCAGUAGACUUUGUAUUUCUACACUUUAAAUAGUUGAUGAGUAGAUAUUAUUUAUUAACUGCUUCCAGCAUCCAUAAAUAGCCUUUGACAUGUAUGAAAUUAAUUGUUAAAAGGCACAUUUAGACCGUGAUGUCUUUGGCCAGUGACUAAGUCCAAAGUUUACAAAAUGUUACUACUGACAUGCUGUAAAUGUUUCUGUUAUUACGAACAUUGAGAGAAGCGCUCCACUGAGUUUAGACAACAAGACAGGAGCCUGAUGAUGUCACACUGUUGUUAAAAUGAUCUGAAUUUGGGGAUGACGUGUACAAUCAUAAAGCCUCACAGUUCUGCCCAUAAGUAAAUAAAAGAAACAUACUUGUUUAAAUUUGGCCUUUUUACACAUUAAGGACGUCUCCUCGUGCACCUCGGAGCCACUUCCAGCGCGCCUGCUGUUUUUACUUUGUGUUUUGAUCUGACUACUUUUCACCGGGGACUUUAGAAAGGAAACAUAUAUUUCUGUGUCACAUUGACCCAGCCUCCAUGUCGAGGAUCAGCACUGGGGAACUUCAUCUCUGGCUAUGGCCCAGAGCGCAAACAGCAGUUUUCAAAGGAACAAUUCGCAGUGUCCAAGCCUUAAGGCGGCACAUCAAGAGCAUGCUCAUUGCUCCCCUAGGCUCAGUUCUACUGUCUCAUCCUGAGGCAUCAAGAGGUGAAACAUUUGAAGGAAACCACUGGAGCUUUAGAGUCACAGAACCUGCCUUUUUUUUUUUUUUUUAAACAGCCCUUCAACACAAUCUUCAAUCAAUUGAAGGAUCUCUGUUUUGGCACAAGGAGGAGAUCCAAUGCACAUCGCAGACAAACGAGUGCUUGGAUUAGAAAGGGACUAAUUUAAAAAUAGCAGCCAUGCUGGAAUUGUUUUGCAGUGCUGCCAAAAGAGACAACCUUGAAAAGGAAAUUUGCAAAAUUCGGUAGCCGUGAUUUUUAUGGGCAGAGUUGCGUUACUGUGAUUGCAACACGUAUUUAUUACAGAAGAGGGUUAGGGUUAGAAGGAAAUAAAUGCGAUCAACUUGUAAGAUGAUAUAGUUCACCGGUAUACCACUUUGAGGUUAAAAUAAACAGCCAGCUAAUUUCAAAAUAUGACACAUUUGAAAACAUAUGGAUGUUUAAAUAGUGAUUUACAACACUGUAGAACUGAAACCUUACACACUAUUGUUGUGUUCCCUAAAGCACAGUUUUACAGCUGAAUCCCAAUCAUCCAGUCUUCCUCAGACUCUUAUUAUGUUAUGUUUUUAGGCACUGAAUUUGGGGUUGUAAUGUAGUAUGUUAGCUAAUUCUACAAGUCCUGAUACAGGAAGGUGGAGUGGUCCUUGGGCCCCUGUCAGGAAAAAAUGUUAUUCAGGCCUAUUAGGGUCAAUUCAAAAUGCUGGGAUUCAGCUGUAACUGUUUUGUAUCAUAUAUUCUGUAUUAUGUUUAUGAAAGACAGCCGAAUAUUUUUAAAUGCUUCCCUUGAUUAAUAUCCCAGCCAGUUUUUGUGCCUUGCAUAUUGGCUUUUUCAGCUAUUGAAGGUGUACCUUAUUUUAUGGUUUGUAUAUUAACUGUUAGAUAUACUGUACUGGCAGUGCAGCCUCGUUUAUUUUAUUUAUUUGCCUCUUCAUUUGGACAACAGAAUGUUACCAAGUAAAUCUCAAGCUGUGUUUCUCUGUGAGAUGUGUGCUUUUUUUAAUUUAUUGCCAGCCUUUUAUGCUAUUUUGGGUAAGAAGUUGCAACUAUAUUAAGACGCCUUAAAGGAGCUCUGUCCUCAAAGAAGUUUUUGGCUUUCGUCAAUGCCACAGUGUAGUAAACAGUUAUGUAACUGUAAGUGGAAAACACAGUGGACAUGCUCAGGGCUGCGUGGCCCUGUCAGUGUCUGCUGAGGUUACAUAAAAUUUUUUAAAAAAAGCAAGUCACAAUGUUUGAAGCCAGUCCAUCUGUUAAGAAAGAAGGGGCCUUAUUCUGUAUUAUGUGUGGAUAGCAAUUUACUAGUAAAAGAAACAUCUGUGUGAAAAACAGGUCACUCGUUACCUCUGAAGUAUUUAAGACUCCCUGUGGGAUUUAAUUUAGUGGAAUAAAAUUUAGGACCUACAAUCAUAGAGCCUUUUAUUUGUCCUCGUGCAGUCUUUGCUCAUUCAGUUGUUUAACAUCUGCAUUGUCACCUUCCUUAAAUGUCCGUUUCAAAGGUGUGUACAACUAUCCGCCACAUGUUUUCACGCACUAUUAUAAUCAUAUGUGCCUGUGUGUGAGUGUGUGACGCAUUUCAAGGUGUGAUCCCAGCCUUUCGCUGUUCAGAGCGCUCACGCGAAUCUGCGUGCAACAUGACUUCAUUUACUGAACCGCUCGGAAGGUGGC